ACGUAAUAGUUACUAAAUUUUUAAUUAUUUAAUAUAUUUAUUAUUUCAUAAUAUAUAAAAAAUAUAUAAUAUUUAAAAAUAAUUUAUAUAAUACUCAUUCCGCGCAAAGCGCGGAUCUUAACCUAGUAUUUAUUAUUCUAAUGAAAACAAUUUGGUUAAUCUCAGUUUUUAACUUGGUAUCAAAACAUUGACUUCAAUUCAACUUUCUUGCUUCAUUAUUCAUUUUUCUUGAUCUAGAUCCAUCAACUUAGCUAACCAGAAAUCAGCAAUCAGCUACUCUCGCAUUCAUAUAUUUGUCAAGCAACACAUUGUUUGACUUAAUUCUAUGCAUUAUACUUAUAAUAAUCACCUAACUCUGAGUUUAAAGAAAGCCACUCGAUAUAAUAUCCAUAUCGCACAGGUGUAAACAUAAUCCGAAGAAGUCUGUUAAUUUCCAUAUGAAUUGUCGAAAAGCUCUGUGUACACGCCUGUUACUCCCCCAGUGCAAUGUCCCCAUCACCCUACAUAAACCAUCAAAGUCUCUUGGAGUUAAAUAAUAGUCUUGUUAUCGUGCUGUCCACAUUUAUUGGAUAUGAUGAACUUAUCGGUUAAAGAUGUUAUUAGUCUUGAAAAGUCUAUAAAUAUUCAUAUCUUUGGGUUUUUUUUUCUUAUGUUUCUUUGAAAGUAACACAUCGCACAGUUAUUCGUUAACUUGUAAAGCAUCAUAGUAUUAAUUCUGAGGUCACGUCAAUGCCCUAAUAGGCGAAUAGUAACAACUAGUUACAAAUUUUUAAAAAAUAUAUAGAUCAGUAAGAAACGGUGCGUUGUGGGGAGAUGAGCCAAAAGCAAAUAGAGAGGAAAUAAAAAUGGAAACUGAGCCCUCCAACUGUCAGUUUGAAGGAAAAGGCAAAGACUUUAACUUGACCGCUAAGAAAAGACACGUGAAAAACACUGCCCAGUCUCUGAGGUCACCAGUAAGAGCGUGUGUUUCACGCGACAUCAGAUUCGACUGGCCUCAAGUAGAAACUAAAGAACGAACGUACGGCCACUUUCCUUUUCUCACAAUUCUUCACCGCAAAACUCACACCCAAAAAAAGGAAUCAGAAGAAGAAAGAACAUUAGACAGAGAGAGCAUAUAUACUACUACCACAAGUGUUACCAGCAGACAGAACAGGAUCAUAGUCAGAUCUGGUGUUUUAAUGGCGGACAAUGAAGAACAGGAGAGGACGACCUCGUACAAGCUGUUUUUGAAAGUAAUAAGCAAGAGAAGAACAUGGGUCUGUCUCUUUCUUGUUGUCUACGCGAUCCUCCUGUCUUCUUCUUGGAACUCGCUGAACUCGAUUGUAGAUUGGUACGGAGAGAACCAUCAGACGUCGUCUGGAUGGCCGGCGGUUUACGCUUCGGUGCUUCUUGGGGUUGUGUUCGGAGUUCUAUCGAUGUCGGCGGCGCUGUUCAUAGCUGUGCCGGCGAUCGUGGUGAUAUGGAUAUCAGUGGUGGUAUCGAUGGCGUUCGCUGGAAAAUCGAGGAGGAGAGUCGUGGUGGAAGGGAGGAAAGUGACGAAAGAGAUCGCUGGGUUUGUGUUUAGGGUUCUGCUCAAAGAAGGAAACGUUGUGGCUCUUCUUUGCGCUCUUCUUGCUUACUUCGUCUUCUUUAAUUCUUACUCUAUCUCUUCUUGAUUCAGUUUAGCCACUUUGUCACUAAAAAUAACAUUUUCAGCUAGUUAUCAUCAGAAUCUUUCCUCAGUAAUUUUCUUUGGUUUAACAAGAUUUUUGUGUUCUUAAAUCUGAAGAUCGAUCUUCUUUGUUGGAUAGUUCUGACGUCAGAUCGAAUGCUUCCACGUCAUGAUACCAAGUUACCAACACGUGAAGUAAUGAAUGACUUUUCUUUUACUAUUAUUUCUUCUUCUUCUUUCGGUCUGUCUCUUUGUCGGUCUCUCUGUCUCUGUCACGUAAAAAUGCUUUUGAACCACAAUUGGAGUUUAGAGCCCAGUGGGCUUAAUAUUUACCGUGAAUAGCGGCGGGUAUAUAUAUUUUUUA